AUGACGGAUCGUUCGAGUCGAGAUGUUGAAUACGUUGUUAUACCGAGUCGAAAACCAAAGAUAACACCGCGUUAUUAUUAUUACGAUGAUGAUAAUGAUGAUGAUAAUGAUUUACAACUACUCACAACUAGCAGAAGAAUAGGUCGAACAAAACCCAAUGAAGAACAACGAACAAAAUAUGUCGAAAUGAAUAACCUUGAGUCUGAAGAUCGGCGACAAAAUGAAACUGAACUCAACGAUCAUCGAAUAAAAAUACGUAAUACACAUGAUGGUGAGCAAAUCAUACUUGAUGAAGAUGAUAAUAUUAUCAAAAUAAUUCGAAAUACACGAACACCAACUCCACCAACAGUUGAAAAUCGACGACUCAGAAUUCGUCGUCAUGAACCUCGAACAGUUUAUUAUGAAACUCCAGAUGGUCAUUUAAUAGCACGUCCACCAAAAAAUUAUGAUUUAGUCAAAAAGAAAAGUGAAUAUGUUUAUCUUGCUGAUGAACCAACAAAAGUUUUACGAAAAGUAAUUAUCAAGCCUAUGAUCAAUGAUUAUGAGACUAUUUAUGAAAAAGAUAGACACAAAAAACAUUCACCACAAAAAAUUAUGAUGCGAAAACCUGUUAAUGAAAUACCAGUUGAGACUGAUAAUGAUCAUGAACAAAAACAACAACCACAAUAUAUGCAAGUUGUACGACGACGAGCCGUACCAAAAGAAGUAAUACCAAAGAAAGAAUCACCAACAAAAUAUGUCAUAAUUAGAAAAAAACUUCAUUCUGAACCAGUGUAUGAAACAUCAUCACCUAUUCCAGCAGUUACAACUAAUCGUCGUAUUGUUUUUGAAGAACCAAUAAAAAAAACAUCAACUAAAUAUGUCUAUGCAACGAAUGGCAAAUAUUACAAAUGA